AUGGCGGAUCCGAGAAUUCGCAGGCAAACCUACACAGCCGCAUCCCAGCCUUCCCGCGGGGCGUAUCCGCGCGGAUCUGUUCCCCCGCAGGCGCAACGCGGGGUCGGAUCCAGGGGAAGCGGGCCCAGCCGCGCAACUGCUGGCGGAAAUCCGGGUUCGGGGGAAAGGCAACCCCCGGAGACCGCGGAGCAGGCGGCGGAGCGGGAACUGCGCGAGCGGAGAGAGAAGGAGCGGGCGCAGGAGGACCGGGAUAGGGAUGCGCGCGAGCGGAAGGCGCAAGCGGCGGAGCGACUGCAGCGGGAGCAGCAGGCGGUGGUGUCUCUGGAGCGAUCUGUGCAUGCUAAAGCGCGCGAUGUGGAGUCGCUGUCAGCGCAGAGCACGCAGAUGGACGAGCAGGCAUCGGCUGUGAGGGCGAGGGCGGCGGUGCUUCACGCGCAUUCGCUGCAAGUCAACGGCUUCGGAACCUACCUGGAGGCUGGGAACCGCGGCGUGCGAGAUUGCAAGGGACGCAUUUCCCCUGCCCUUGCAGCUCCUGCUGCGUCCACACGAGGAUCUGGAAGAGCAAGAACGACAACAGCAGCAGGAACUGGAGGACUGGCAGCAGCAGCAGCUGCAUCAGCAGCAGGAACAGCAGAAGAAGCAGCAGCAGCGGCGGAGCUAGAAUCGCCUCCACCCCCCACUGAUGCGGAGACUGAUGAGGCACUUUCUCUCCUGCAGAGAUUUCUGCAGGCCCGGUUGUCUGAUGCCAUUCAUUCCCCUGCAGCUGCUGCUGGUACAGGUGCUGCUGCUGCUUCUGCUCAGUCAGGCAAUCACACCAGUGCCAUACAGCAAUUCACAACUCACAGCAACACAACUUCGUCUACUCUUCAGCCUCCCCCUCCGCCUCCUGUUGCUACCGCAGCUGGUGCUGCUAGCACUGCAGCAGCAGGACCAAGCAGAGGAGCUACUGCCUCUUCUUCUGCUGCUGCUGCUGCUGCUGCUGCUGCUUCUUCUACCCCCACCGAUCCUACUGUUCUCCUCUCCUUUCCGGGAGGCUUGGCGGAUCUGGCGCCUAUAGCAUGGAGCGAGCUGCCGGUGCGAAGCUUUUUAGAACGCGCGAGGCUUCAUCCAGAGGGGUUGGUGGCGGUGCUGCAGGGUGCUGUGGAGAGGAAGGCGGAGGAGAUAAGGAGGGAGUGUGCGGGGACAGAUUUGGAGGAAGAAGGAACACGACUAGGACUGACCACACCAACCAAGGCGCCUCUCAGUGCGAGUAGGGGAAGUACGGCUGGGAUGACUGGUGGCAGUGACAACCGCAGCGGCAGUGGUGGUGGCACGUCAAAGCACCUUUUGCGCAAGGCAGCAAAGCAUGCAUCAUUCUCAUCUCCUGACGGUGGUGACGGUGGUGGUGCUGCUGCUGCUACUGCUGCUGCUGCUGUGGCUGGUCGGAGCACAGGGCUAGGAGCAAGGGCUGGGGCGAGUCAGCUGCGCCAGGGGCCACAGUCUACACAGGAGCUGGUGCUGGCGAGACAGAAGGAGUAUCGCGACCUGUGCCUGCAGACGCAAGUGCUGAGGAAGAGAGCUGACGCAGUGAGGCUGGAGGUGGAAAGGAGGACCAGUGAUCAAUCUAACAGACGGGACAGAGACGGGGCAGGGAAGAGGGGGGAGGAGGGAGGCGAGGAGGGAGAGGUGGAGGGAGGGGAGGAGGGAGAGGUGGAGGGAGGGGAGGAGGGAGUGGGUGGUGAGGAGGAUGUGGAGUUGGGGAUAGCUAUGGCGGAGGCAGAGUUGAGGGUGCUUCAAGCAGCGGAGAAACGACUAUCAAGUGAGGUGGCAGCAGCAGGAGCCACGAAUCGCAGAGUGCUGCAGCGGUGGGAGCGAAUCAAGGGGUUCAAUGACGAGCGCAGCAAUAAGUGGGCGGAGUACGAGCUUAUAAGGAGGAUAAACCAGGCCUAUGCACACAUGUGGUGGAACCUCACAAAUGGGCAGACUCAAAAGGCCCUGGCAGGACACGUGGCAAAGGCUGGAAGCGCUCUCAUUGGCUCGGUUCGAGCGGCAUGGGAUCUGGCCGCUCACGAGGAACACUCAUCUGCUUCUUCUGCCUCUGCUGCUGCUGCUGCUGCUGCUGCUGCUGCUGCUGCUGCUGCUGCUGCUGCUGCUGCUGCUGCUGCUGCUGCUGCUGGUGUUGGUGGUACAGCUGCUGCUGAUACUUUUGUGGAUGCCAUGUCAGCAGCUGCUGACGUGGCAGCUGGCAGCGCUGCAGAGCUGGAGCCAGCUGUCGCCAGCAUGGCACGGCAACUUGUUGGGCUGCAGCAGCAGGCGGAGCAGCAGCACAUGGAGGUGCUAUCCGAGUGGCUGCUUCCCCUCGCUUCCCACACUCUCCUUUCUCUCCGUUUCUGCCUUUUUCCCAUCCCCUCAUCCCCCAUCCAGGCAACUCGCUGGGCUGCAGCAGCAGGCGGAGCAGCAGCAUAUGGAGGUGUUAUCGGAGUGGCUUCCGCAGCUGGCACAGCUGCAGGGGCAGGCAAGGCAGCUCGUCUCGCGCACUCAGAACGCCUCUGA